UCACAUAGUAAGAAAAGUCUCUACAACGUCUCCAUCGCUAACUCUGUUGCCUAUUGGCCCCGCAGUGCGCCGGAGCCUCGGCUGCUGUGGGAGCGCGUGGAGAAACUGGUUCCCAGAACGACCGGUAAUAACAGCGGAGGCUCCAGCUCCUCCAGCAGCUCCAGUAACUCCAGCUCUAAGCCCGGGUCUCACUGCGGCUCUGGAGAAAGGUUCAGGGCCCGCUCCUCCUCCAAAUCAGAGGGUUCUCCCCUCCUGCGGCCAGAGAAUGCUGGGAAAAAACCAGAGGAGAAGAAGAACAGACCGGCGGACCUGACGGCUCUGGCCAAAGAGCUUCGUGCAGUGGAUGACGUUCGCCCCCCCAAUAAAGUGACAGAUUAUUCAUCCUCCAGCGAUGAUUCAGACACCACUGAUGAAGAUGAUGAUGAAGAGGUGGACCAGGAGGGCGGUGAAGAGUCGACCUCUGGCCCGGAGGACUCCAAAGCUGUUUCUUCCAGGCUGAGCAAUGGAGAGACAGAGUCGGUGAAAACCAUGAUCGUUCACGACGAGGACGCCGGCUCGACGCCCUGCAAAGACAGCACUCUGAUCGUCAGACAGAGUGCAGGUGACCACAGAAAGCGUCAGACAGGGGCUCAGACCCCCGGCCCGCUCCCAGGCUUUGCCCCUCACCCCGGCAUCGUGUCCAGCCCGGGCCUCGGCCAGCACACCCCCAGCCCCCCCCAUCAUCACCACCAUCACCACCACCACCAUCACCCCAAUCUACCCACCACUCAGCACCCGGACAGGAACGGGUUCUCUGGGCGCAUUCACCACCUCCCAGACCUGAUCCAGCAGAGCCACCAUUCCACCCCCUCCUCCUCUGCAUCCAACUCCCCCUCCUCCUCCUCCAGCCUCUCCAGCCCCGCCAUGUCCCCUCAGAGUCCGCUGGAUAAACUCACCCUCCUCAUCGAGAGCCAGUCCAGUAACAACAUGCAGAAACACAAGUCUUCUUCCUCCUUCACUCCGUUCAUCGACCCCCGCCUCCUGCAGGUCUCCACCUCCACCGGCAGCGCCCUCAACAACAUCGGUAAGUCCCGCCCCCCCACUAGCUGCUGUGUAAACAAUAGAGAG